AGGACAAUGACCUAAUUGUGUGUAGAAUAGCCAAGUGCUUCCUCGUUGCCUAACCAAGUGAAAAAUUGUGUAUACGCUCGUGUGAACAGAUACCGUAACAUCAAAAUACAAUAUGAAGAGAACUAGUUGGCUAUGCUGGUUCUUUGUUUUCUCAGUUAUUUACUCUUCAGAGGCGCAAUACAAGUUUAGGAGAUUGCAGCUUCCAUCACCAUCACUUUCUCGACCACCACCACAGAUUUUCAAAAAAUCAUGGACACCAGGAUCGAGAAUAUCUUCAAUGGGAAAUUCUAUUCAUAUUGCAGGGAAUUUACCUCAUAAAAGGCCACCAUUAAUUCCUACCAAUUACCGAUUUCGUCGUCCUCCUGGACCACCGCUUCCUCCACCACCUCCGAUGUACAAUGUUUUGUCGAACGUAUACAAAAAUCCAAUACCACCCGUCCUAGGAAAGAUUGAUACUUAUGGUGGUAUGGUGCAACGAGUAUCACCAGUUAAUGAACUUCAAUCUAUUGUAAAAGAUCCACAACAGUAUAAUUCACAAUAUCAAUUAAAAAUUGAAAGUUUAUCACCAAAUAUUGACAGUUUCGAUGAUGAUAAAGGACCCAUACACACAAUUCCUGCACCAAAUUUAGGUCCUGCUAGCGCUUCUUAUCAACAACAACAGCAGCAGCAACAACAAUAUCAACAACAAGCAUUGUUUAACAGCCAGGGCACAAAGAAAGAUGAAAUAGUUAGAAAACCUUACGCAGUUGCUCAAAUAGACUAUACAGGCGCUUUUGGCGAUCAUGGAUCUAGCGAAAUAUCUCAACGAAUAGUAUCAACUAAUAAUAAUCAGCACCAAUAUGAAGUAACAGAAUCAAAUGAAGUUAAUAAUGCAGUGCCACCAUUUUACUUUACACCUGAGUUUAAUUCAGCACAAUAUUCUUCGUCUGAUAUUGAACAACAACAGACAGGCGAAAACAAUGUUUAUUUGAAUCAUUCACCUACUCCAACGUCAUCGUUAACAAAUUCACAUUCAAGUAGUAUAGAGCCAAGUACUUCAAUGCAGACUAAUCUACAUAGAUCAAUGCACGUGGGUGUCUCUGGGCCUGGAACGGCAAUCAGCCAACCAACUUAUACUUCAGAUUUACAUGAGGAUUUUACUAAUCCUGAUGAACCUUCUAUACCCACUGCAAAAUUGUACGAAUUGCUAAAUUCUUUUCCUCGUCAACUUAGAGAUCACUAUACUUCCGACCAGCAACCUGAAAUACAACAUUUGCCCCAACAUCAGAAUAAACAGAGCGAUGCCGUAAAGCCAAUAUUUUCUCAACCAACAUUUCACUCAUUCAGUUUCGAUGAGCAAGCUAAUAAGCAACAGCAACAGCAACAAAAAAAUAUAUUCAUAAAUCAAAAUUAUGCUUUGGGAAAAGUAACUGCAGAUUAUAGUUUAGCCCCUGAUACUUUCAAUGGUGCGGAUACAAGUGAACAUCAGGACAAUAAUAUAGAAUUUCAGAAUCCUGCAACUCAACUUAGUCCUGCUUUACAUUUUAAUAAGAUUAAAGACCAUCAAAACAUAGCAGCACAAUUUUAUACAACACUUCCAAAUCAAGAGACGGCGGAAAAACUAGCAGCUCUAGCAGCAGCAGGUAUUGUCAAUAGCCAAUUAAUUAAUCAAUUGAAAAAUCAACAACAAAGACAACAUGAAAGCCAAAAAUUAGGACAACAAUCGGCUAUUGGCCAAUCAAUUCCAGCAAAUCAUAAAGAGGAGCAUGUAGGCAAUGACGUUGCAGCCGGUGUCAAUCGAAGUACAAAAUAUAGUGAACAACAUCAGCAAGAGGAACAUCAAAAGAAACUUCUUCAUCGCCAAUAUAAAAUAAAAGAAGAACAGACACGAAUAGAAGAGGAAAACGAAAAAUACAGACAACAAAAUAACGAAGAAACAAAACGACCAUUAAGAAUAUUUGUACCAGAAGAUAAUACUGAAAAAGAAAAAGAUUUGACAGCAGACUAUGAAUAUGAAAAUGAUGAAGUAGAAGUUCCACGACAUAAGGAAUCUUCUAUAGAAGAUUCAGAAUAUGGAACACGUAUUGUCUCAAAAACUGGAAAGUGAUUUUAUGUAUAUAAUUGAUUAAAAAUUUU